AUGAUUGACUCUAUACUUAACCAAAAGAAGAACACAAUUAUCUUGGAUCGCUUACUAAUUAAUGAUCCUGUAACGGGCAACAAACAUUUCACCAUUGACCCUAAUGAGAUUAAAGAACAAUUUGAAGUUUUGGACAUUUGUCCAAAAUCCUGUCCAAAAUCU